AGUGACCAACACUUUACAUUAAUUUUGCCUUAUCAUGUAUUGAGCCACGCACUCCAGACAAUCCCCUGAAGCUUUCAAUGUAUAAAUCAACUUAAAUCUGCUGCAAAAUGGCUCAGGCAAUUUAGCCUGCUACAACUACCCAGACUGAACAAGCAGAAGCUUUAAAUUUGGACCCUAGUAGAUGGUUGUAGAUCAAUAUUCCUCGUCACAUAUAUGGGGAAUCUAUCCGCAUUCGCAUACAGCAACAAAGGUCAGCUUGAAGGAGGUGAGAUCUGUACAUCUCAUGAUGCUCCUUCAAACAGCGUGCAGAUUAAUAUGUCAGGUCCAAUGGUCACAUCGCCUGGUCAAGAAUGUGCUAGCGGUAAUGAGACACAAGAGCCCUCACUCUCUGGGCGCUCUCAUUCUUACUGCACAUCUGUAAUGCAGUGGUGUGUGCCACUACUACUACCUAGGUGCUGGCAAUUUGGCAUCUGCAGGGCUUCUCCUACGGGAGACGGUACAGCUUUGCCAAUGAAACAAAGAAAAAAACUGUAAAGUCGUGUCAUCGCUGUUGCCACACCAAAUGCCUGAGGCUAGAGAGAAUUUAUAUGGUAUAUUGUUAAGAGUGCCAUUGAUGCAUCAGCAGGCUCACAUCGUCAUCAGCAGAUACCUUUGAUCCUUUGAAGUCG